AUGUCGCCUUCCAAGCCCACCUUCGUCCUCGCACCUGGUGCGUGGCACAGGGAGACCUGCUACUCGCCCGCACAACGAAUCCUUGAGUCCCGUGGCUACCCCGUCAAGGCCGUCAGAUACCCAUCGGUCGGCGCUGAGCCCCCAACCAAGGGCAUUAACGACGAUGCCAACGCUGUUAGAGUCGUUCUUCAGAAGCUCGUGGACGAGGGCAAGGAGAUUGUGCUCGUCGUGCACUCCUACGGUGGUCUCGUCGGAGCUAACGCCGUUGAAGGCCUCGGCUAUAAGGAGCGUAUGAAGGAGGGUAAAAAGGGUGGCGUUAUUACCUUUGUCUACCUCAGUGCCUUUGUCGUGCCUAAGGGUAAGUGUAUGAAAGAGAUGCUGGGAGGCGACUUCCCGCUAUGGAUAAAGUUCGAGGGCCAACGCGUCUACGCCCAGAACCCCGAGGAGAUGUUCUACCACGACGUUGAGCCCGAGGCUCGCAGCAAGGCCAUUGAGCAGUUGCAGCAUCAGUCUGCCCAGGUGUUUGACGACAUUGUCACCUAUGAGCCCUGGCACGAGAUUGACACCAUGUUCUUCUUCUGCGAAGAGGAUAAGGCACUUCCCCUAGCCGCUCAGCAAGGCAUGGCCUCGCUUCUCGGCCCCAACGCCUUCACUUACUCUUGCAAAGCCUCUCAUUCCCCAUUCCUCUCUAAACCUGGAGAUGUCGCCGAGGGCCUGGAGCUCGCUGCCAAGGUUGGACAACAACGUGUCAGCGCCUGA